UGUCCCAGUUUAUCCCAGUCCAUCCCAGUUUGUCCCAGUCUGUCCCAGUUUGUCCCAGUCUGUCCCAGUCUGUCCCAGUCGGGAUGUGGCGCGCGGGGCUGCCCGGGGGGGCCCGGGCCGUUUUCGGGGGGGCCCCGCUGAGCUCGGGGGGGUCCCCGCGAGCCCUGGAGGGCAAAGUGGCGCUGGUGACAGCGGGCACGGACGGGAUCGGGCUGGGCGUGGCCGAGGCGCUGGGCGUGGCCGGGGCCCGGGUGAUGCUCAGCUCCCGCCGGGCCCACAACGUGCAGAGAGCCGUGGAGAGGCUGCGGGGGCGGGGCCUGCAGGUGAGCACGCCCACCUGUGACACACCUGUGACACUCGUGUCCCUCACCUGCCAGGCCCUGGCCGAGUUCGGCGCCAUCGACAUCCUGGUGUCCAACGCCGCCGUCAAUCCCCACCUGGGCCCCGCCCUCGAGGCCGACGAGAGCGUCUGGGAGAAGGUGUUCCAGGUGAACGUGACGGCGGCGGCCAUGUUGGUCCGGCUGGUGGUGCCGCACAUGGAGAGGCGCGGGGGCGGGGCCAUCGUGCUGAUGUCAUCGAUCGCCGGCUACCAGCCAAUGGCGGUGAGACUGGGUUAUACUGG